AUGACUGACUACAGAUCUCUGACUAACUUGAAGCAGAGGAGAAUAAGACAUGUUCAAUCAAUAGCUGCACGAAACAUCCUCUGGAAAGGUCAUUCAAAAAGCACGUCUGUGGAAUUGACAUCAAUAGAGACAUUACCCAAGACAACAGACAACAACACAUGCUGUUUUUCGCUCCUAGACACUUACUUUUCGCUUCACUGGGAUACAGACGAACCAGCGUUUUAUACGAGCGAGGUUAUUUCAAACACAAUGAAUCCCAGUUUUCGUAUACAGACUAAACCCCACUGCAUCGAAUGGUUUGGUUAUUCAUUAAGUUUCAUGGUGAUUCGAUUAUGGGGAAAGCCAUCGCUAGGACAAUCCGAUGGGGAGCGUGAAAACGAGUUCAAGCUAUUUUCUGAUCUGGUCUAUUAUACAUUUUCGGAUAAUACGCUUAUAUUGGAAUUAAAUGAUGGGAUUUAUUGUGCAUCCGAUGUUCAAAGUAAAAGACAGAGUAGUAGCUCAGAGAGUAAAGAAGAAACAAAACGAUCUUAUACCUAUAAUCAUAUUAUCAAACUGAAUACAUUAAAAGAUUGUAUAUUUGACACCAAAAGAUCUUCAGAGGAAGUUCAGCAUGAAAUUCAAGCAACAUUAAACAAAAGACAAGAUGGACUAAGAAUGAAUCGACUCAUAAGUCAGCAUAAGCAUAAAUUAUUGGAGAUAGAAGCGAAAAUUAUCCGACAAAAGAAAAUAAAUUGUGACCUAAUAAAAAGAAUGAAUAACCUAAGAGAGAGAAUAGACCAUCGUAAACAUGAAAUAGAUGAAUCUAUGAUCAGAUGCAGAUCAGGAUUAGAAAACUUGGAAGAUAAUGAUUUAAUACUAGAGAAUAAUAUAAAGAUGAGGCAUGCUAUGUUCCAUGCUUUAAAUAAAAGAAGAAAAGAACUGAUUGCAGACUUAUUCAACAUAUACCCAAUAGAGCAGUCCUAUGAUGAUUCUCAACAGUUUUAUAUCCGUGGUGUUGGCUUACCUAAUACCAAUCAUGGUCGAAAUGAUGAAUCUAUUGCCACUGCUUUAGGUUUUACUGCUCAUUUAGUAUCCAUGCUUGCAUUUUAUUUGGAAAUUCCUCUAAGAUACCCCACAAAGCCAAUGGGAUCAAGAGCAACCAUCAAGGACUUGAUAUCUCUUAUAUCUGGCUCUAGAGAAUUUCCACUCUAUAUGAAAGGUGUGGAUCAAUAUCGAUAUGAGUUUGGUGUGUUUUUGUUAAACAAGAAUAUUGAACAGCUUAUGAACGCGUAUGGACUUAUUGUCAUGGACUUGAGACACACUUUACCCAACAUUCAUUACUUUAUACAAGCAAUAUUAACCACCUCUGUCAACUGUAGUCCUAGUCCAAUGUCAGUUUUGUCCAUAUCAUCAUUUGCGAAUGGUGGUGGGCCAAGUCUAAAGCAUGAACCAGCAGAACAGGACUCAGAUCAUCAAGACUGUCAUCAUCUGUUAACCUUACAGCCCAAACAGACAAACGUUGUUGUCUCUUCACUUUCACCUUCAUCAUCCUCAAGCUCAAUACGUACCAACACGUAUCCGAUCAAAUCGUCCAAUCGAUAUUCGUCAACUAAUCUCUUAAAUACACCACAGCCUAUGACAGCGACAUCCGUAUUGGACGCUGUGACAGCUUCAUCUUGUUAUCAUAUUGAAUCAUAG